AAGGAAAAAUGGCUGCCAAAGUUUCGACUGAAUGUGUUGUCCUGUCAAACGGAGUUAAAAUGCCGAUUCUCGGACUCGGUACAUCCCACCACGGAGGGUUUUCACAGUCGGCUGUCGUCUACGCGCUCAGGGAUUGCGGGAUCCGUCUCAUUGACACAGCAAAGCGGUAUGGCUGUGAGGAACAGCUCGGAACAGCCAUCAGACAGAGCGGGGUCCCCAGGGAACAGAUCUUUGUCACCACCAAACUGUGGCCGCUGGACUACGGGUAUGAGUCCACGAAAACUGCAUUCAAGGAGUCUUGUAAGAGGCUCGGUGUGGAUUAUGUUGACCUUUAUUUGAUACACUGGCCUGACUGCCCUCGAGGAAAGGGACAAGACAACAGGACCAUCCGCGCUGAGACAUGGAGGGCACUGGAGGACUUGCACAGUAAAGGUUUGUGCAGAGCUAUAGGAGUCAGUAACUUCCUCAUCCCUCACUUGGAGCAGCUCAUACAAGACUGUACAGUAGUGCCUCAUGUCAAUCAGGUAGAAUAUCAUCCUUACCAAAACCCCAAAGACUUGAUCAAGUUUUGCCAGGCACACAACAUCACAGUGGAGGGCUACUGUCCUCUAGCCAAGGGCAGUGCACUCAAGGAGCCAGCCAUCACUGCGAUAGCCACUAGAUAUCAGAAGACACCAGCACAGAUCCUCAUACGCUGGAGUAUUCAGAAUGGCAUAGUCACCAUUCCAAAGUCCACUAAAGAGGAGAGAAUCAGAGAAAAUUGCCAGGUUUUUGACUUCAGUCUAUCAAGAGAAGACAUGGAUCACCUGCACAGUCUGCAUGAUGGCAGGAAGAUGUGUGAGCUCAGCUCUAUAGCCAGCCUGGUCAUGAAGACUGGAUGACUAGACGGGUGAACAGUCCUGGAGAAACUACAGAGGAGAAAGAAUUACGAAGAUGCAGUCUCAACCAGACUCCUUAACUUGCUGGAAGAGUAGUCUCGAAAUUAGCCAACUUGGGUGAAUACUUUUCCAUUUCUUAGAGGUUCGUGACGUCAAAUGGCUGAGUGAUUAAGCAAGUGGAGAGGAGACUCAAGAGAUCUUGACAAGUACAAGAUGAAUGUGUUGGGAAAGACCAAUACUUAUGCCCUAGACACAGUGGAUCAACAACCCACUGCACCUACACUUCUGUGCCAAAAUUGACCAGUGUCAACUGUCAAACUAUCUAUAUAUCUUGUUGCAUUUUUAUUCAAUAUUAAUGAAAGUGUCUGUGAUGGUUACACAUGUAUUACACUUUUAUUUGGACAAGAAUAAUUUUUUGCUUCAGACUUUGUAGGCGAA